AUGCCUCGAGAAUUCAGUAAAGAUUUGUACUGGCGUAUAGUUUACCUUUAUACCGAUGGUUUGUCAACUAUGGAUAUUGCCAAUACGUUGCAUAUGAGUAAAGGUGUUGUAAAUAAAAUAAAAAAGAGAUAUAACCGUUGGGCAUGUAUUAUAAAUCCUUUCAAAGGUGUUCCUGGCCGAAGAAAACUAUUUAGUAGAAGAGACAUGACUAUACUUAGAGGUCUUGUCAGAGAAAAGGUAGACUGGUACUUAGACGAAUUGAUAUAUGAAAUGGAAUGUCUAAUAGGAAAAAGAGCAUCCAUUGCAACUCUCUGGAGGUCGCUUCAAUAUUUAGGAAUUACUCGAAAAAAGUUGCAAAAAGCAGCACUAGAAAGAAAUGAAAUUGUACGAGCACACUAUUUAGCUACAAUUGGUGAACAUUAUACCCGAAAUCAACUUAUUUUUAUUGACGAAAGUGCUAAAGAUGAAAGAAGUUUGUCGCGUUUAUAUGGUUAUUCUCCCAGAAAUACACCUGCUUAA